AUGCACCGACAUUUGGAAUCUUGUGUUAUGAAAGCGAAACACGUGAGACAACAAAAGUUGAUUAAUUUUUUGCCAUCUGAUUCGAGCACUGGUACAAAUCAAUCUGGAUUUGUUAGUGCUUUACAUAAUGGUAAACUUGACAUGUUAAAGAUGCGAGAGGGGAUAGCCCAUUGGAUCACUAUGCAUGAGCAUCCUUUCAGUAUUGUUGAGGAGGAAGGAUUUAAUUUGAUGAUGAAAAGGGGAAUACCUGAAUGGAACCGUGUAUCUCGAGUUACUAUUAAAGCAGACGCUUUCAAAGUCUAUGAGUUGGAGAAGAAAAGGCUAAAAGAUUUGUUCAAGAAAGUAGAACGAGUAAGUUUGACUACAGAUUUAUGGAAGUCAAAGCCACAAAAAAUUGAAUAUAUGGUGAUUACCGCUCAUUUUGUGGAUCUUGAAUGGAAGCUUCAAAAGAGGGUGAUUAAAUUUGUUCAUUUGCCUCCUCCACGUAAAGGUGCAAAUAUAGCUGAUUGCAUCUUAACAUGUCUAAGGGAGUGGGAAAUUGAGGACAAAGUUUUCACAAUUUUUGUGGACAAUGCAUCUGCAAAUGAUUCUUGUAUUGCAAUUUUGAAGGAUAAUUUUGAAUCAAAUGGGAGGCUUAUUUGCGGUGGAAAAUUGUUUCACGUCCGAUGUUGUGCCCACAUUCUUAACAUUAUGGUUCAACAUGGUCUUCAACAAGUGAAGGAUAUUAUUGUGAAAGUUCAUGAUACCGUUGAUUACUUGAACUCAAGUGAAGCACGUCUUAAGCGUUUUGGUGAACUUGUAAGCCAAUACAACAUGAAUCAUCRGAAGUUAGUUCUUGAAUGCAAGACACGUUGGAAUUCAACAUACGAUAUGCUAGAUUGUGCCAUCAAGUUUAGACAGGUAUUUCCUCGAUAUUCUUUGCAUGAUCGUAAUUAUACUUCUUGUCCUACUGAAGAGGAAUGGAGUAAGAUUGCAAAAUUGCUUGAUAUAUUGAAAAUAUUUAAAGAUGCUACUAACUCCAUAUCUGGUUCUGAAUAUCCAACUUCCARCUUGUUUCUUSCUGAAGUACRAAGGAUUAAAGUUAUGUUGGAUAAACAAUCUCARUCGAAUGAUGAUUUUGUUAGAAGUAUGGUAAACCACAUGAAAGAGAGAUUUGAUAAAUAUUGGGGGGAGUGUAACAUGCUAAUGUCAAUAGGRACCGUGUUAGACCCUAGAUUGAAAAUGAGGGCUAUAGAGAUUGCAUGGCCUAAAAUGUUUCCUUUAAGUGUAGCUCGGGAUAAUAUUAGUAAAGUCAAAGASGUGAUGUAUGAGCUUUUUGAUGAAUAUGUGAGAAUGUAUUCUUCUUCUAUUGGGGAUGAAAGUGUCGAAUGUGAAUUUGGAUCAAAUACUCGUGAAGGAAAUGAUGGAUCUAGUGGUUUAUCUGAACUUUUGUUAGAUGUUUUUAGUGGGGAGACAUCGGUAACUCGUGUGAAAUCUGAGCUUGAUAUGUAUCUAGAAGAGGGGUGUUUCUUUAGUCAAGACUACAAAUUUAAUGUCUUAUCUUGGUGGAAGGAACAAUCAAACAAGUUCCGAAUUUUAUCUAGAAUGGCUGCAAAUAUCUUGUCUGUUCCUAUCACUACUGUGGCUUCGGAGGCAACUUUUAGUGCCGGUGGUCGUGUAAUAGAUCCUUAUAGAGCUUCUCUUGCUCCGGAAACGGUACAAAUGUUAAUGUGCACGAGUGAUUGGUGUAGAUCACUCCAUGGCGUGAAAAGGAAGAAUAAGGAGAACGAAGAACAACCAAAGGAAAUCUUUAUUCAAGUGCCGUUCAUGGAACCCGGGAUUUGA